AUGUCCUCCUCGGCCGCCAGACCCAGCGUGGUUCCCCCUCAGGACCUCGCAUCAUUCCAAGAACACCUAGCCAAAUCUACAAGGAUCCUCGCUCUACUAGGAGCUGGACUCUCCGCAUCGUCUGGAUUGCCAACCUUUCGAGGUGCAGGAGGACUCUGGAGGACGCACGAUGCUACCCAGCUCGCAACUCCAGAGGCUUUUGAUAGUGAUCCCGGGCUAGUAUGGCAAUUCUACAAUUACAGACGCCAUAUGGCAUUGAAAGCAAAGCCCAACCCAGCACAUUAUGCAUUGGCAGAAUUGGCCAGAAAGAAAGACGGCUUCAUAACAUUGAGUCAGAAUGUCGAUGGUCUAUCACCCCGCGCCGGCCACCCCUCUGAGAAGCUCAAGCUCCUCCACGGCUCCCUCUUCGACGUCAAAUGCUCCGAAUUCUUCUGCAAACACUUCGAGAAGGACAACUACACCGACCCAAUCGUUCCAGCGCUCGCAAUCCCCACAGACGAAUCCGAUCCCACCACGACCGACGCGAUCAAAGAGCGAGAACUCGAUAUCUCAGACGAGAACGUUGACCUCCCCGAGCUUGACUACCAGCACCUCCCCCAUUGCCCGACCUGCAAGCGCGGCCUCCUGCGCCCCGGCGUCGUGUGGUUCGGCGAGGCAUUGCCCAGGACUGUGAUCGAUGACAUCGAGGCAUGGAUGUCAGACAGCGAACACAUUGACCUGAUCAUGGUGAUCGGCACUAGCGCGAAGGUCUAUCCUGCCGCUGGCUACGUGGAUAUCGCUAGAUCGCGAGGCGCGCGGGUUGCGGUCAUCAAUAUGGACAGGAAGGAUGAGCCUGCCAGUGGCAUGUACAGCGGUGAUUGGUUCUUUGAGGGCGACGCCGCAAAGAUCGUGCCCGAAAUCCUGGGCAAUGUCAUUGGAGAACUCGGCGAGAUGAAGGAUCUCGCAGAGCAGAGUUGA